AUGGAAUUUGAAUAUUCGGAGCAACCCAUGUUGAGCAAGACCCUUAAAAUUCAAUCCUCCUCUUCGUAUGAGGAUUGCAAGCGUUCUGAAAUCUCAUUCAGAGGUACACUGGAAGAGGUGGAGGAGGAGGAGGCCAUGCCAAGGACCGAGUCCGAGGAGGUAAGGCUGUCUUGGCUCCGAUCUCAAGUCAUUGGCGCAGCUGCGGAAUUCGAUUCUCCGUUUGGGAAACGAAGACUCACUUAUGCCGAUCACACUGCCUCCGGACGCUCUCUUCUCUACAUCGAAAACUUCAUCCUCAACAAUGUCCUCCCCUUUUACGGGAAUACUCACACGUGUGACAGCUACGUUGGAAACCGGACUUCAAAAAUGGUGCAUGAGGCAGCCAAGUACAUCAAAAAUGCUUAG